AUGGAGCUGACGCCCACGCAGCUGGAGCGGGAGUUCACGCAGAUGGAUGCCGCAGAAGAGGAGCUCUCGCCUAGAGGACGGGAGCCGUCGGUGGCUCCGACACAACUGGACUCGCCUAGCUCUUCGAGGCACCCUGGCAUGCCUUCUCCCAGUGCUGUUUCGCAGGCUAGUACGGUGCCAGGGUUUCCAACUCCGUACGCCAAACGGUCACGGAAGCAGCAGAUGCAGGCCAGGCCAGAAGCGGUGGAGACUGAAGCCGUUACGGCUCCAGAGUGCGUGGACCCUGAAUCGGGGAAGCCCGGCAUGCUUCCGAGCCAGUACACCCAGGGCUUCUUUAGCACACCGCCUAGAAAGAGGCGCAGCGAGAGAGACUUCAGCCCUCCGUCUCAGGAGAUGCCACAGCAGAAUGCUGCCGCAAGCAGGGCAUCGCCACCAACACAGGAGAUUGUUGGAUUGAUAGAGGCACAACUGCCCCCAGAGGAUAUAGUGCCGUUGUUCAGGGAAAAUCCAGACUACGACAUCCCGUUGGAGGCGUAUGAAGAGACGGUUGCAUUCUCCAUGCACGAGGUGUCCCGGGACGUCAGUCGGAGCUUGUGGAUGGUGUAUUGCUUGCUGUCUGCAGAUACAGGGAGCUUGGGCGACCACAAGCUCCCUGGAGAUCGUGAGCAAACACUUAGCAACCACGGCAUGGCAUGUGUGGGCCGCUACUUGCUACAUGGUUCGCAUCUUGUAUACGAAGAGGCUCGAGCCGUGCAGAAGUCGCUGAGCGUGCGCGCGUGGACGUGGCGCCAAGAGUGGCCCAGGGCAAGACGUGGCAAGGAGGCGGUUGUGCACAUUCCACAGGAGGAGCGCGUGCCUUGGAAUCCCCGUGUCCUUCGUAGCCAGCUGUCACAACAUGCUGCACAACAGAUCUUCAAGCAGUCAGCUCCGAAGAAGAAGCCAGCAGCUACGGGAAGCAAUGACGAGCCGAAGAUGCCGGAGACAACCCUCACCGAGAUCUUGGAGCCUCUGCAACUGCUGGCGCUGGACCACAGGGAUGAGGUCGGCCCCUACAUGAAGCCUCUACCAGCUGUGGAACACCAGUUCGUGCCGGAUGUUACCGAGGAUGAGCUUUGGCCUUUGGCCCCGCUCUGUUCCGCAGAGCCUGUCUCAGUGCAAGCUCGCUUUCAGAAGAUCAAUCCAAAGACGGCUCGAUCUACUAACUACUGGUCCGUAGUCAGCACCUACUUCCUGGACUUCCUGGGCCAUCGGUGUCCUCGACUCCGAGAACACAUGGCACAGACUGGGCAACAGGCCAUGCGAGAACUGCGAUUGCAAAGCAUAUUGCAACUAGGAAUUGUCCACUGUCUGGUGUUCGACGACUUCGUGAAGGUAGGCAAGACCUGCUUCGAAUGUCACGGAACCAAUCUGCGGUCGGCAUUGGUCGCUCGGCUUCAGAAAUACCGUCAGGGACUGGGGGCCCGCGUCAAGCUGACGCGCCUCCCCGUGCUCUUCCUUUGCAAGUCGGAGGCUCACGCGAAGUUGCUCGAACAGUACACACAUUGCUUCAUGCGUGAGACCUGGCCCGAGAGCGUCUUGUCCUUGCCCUCGGACCCUGUCUCCGAUAGUGGCCAGGAAACCUACAAGCUCGAGUGGCUCUCGACAAUCGUAGACUUGCUGCAUCGAAGCUCCCAGAAGAGCGUGCGUCAGCUGACUGCUGGCAAGAGCCUGAUCUACCGGAUGCAGCAGAAACGCUACUAUGAAGCACGCGGCAUUGCAGUAAAGGACGUGGUUCUGUUUUCUCUUCCAGGACCAUGUGGGGACCUCCUCGCGCAGUGUGCGUUAAAAGGCAUGCAGGAAGACGUGGGUGUGAAAACGACGGUGAAGUGCCGUGCCUGCUUCCUCGCGGUCCCACCACUGGUCAGCCGUACUUUCCUUUGCGGCUGCCCGCUUUUGUUCGGCCCUUCGUUUGCGGCGGCACUGCCUCCGUCUACGUCGGCUCGGCCAUUGGCCUCCGCAACGGCGCUCUGCACCAAGGUCUCCGGCUCAGACGCUGGCGGAGCACUGCUCUGCGCACCGACGGGAACCGACACUGCCGGCGAAGAAGAGGCGGUACAGCCACUGUCGAUGGAGAAUGGUGGAGAGUCCCCGCUGCAGAGCGACAUCCUCGCAGACUCCUCCCUUGAGCCGCUCCUUGCAAGCUGCAGGCGCGAGACAUUGCUGAGGCGCCGUCCCAGCCCGAGGAAGAUUCCUCCCUUGACCUCACCCGUGGGUGACAGCGCCCCGCAGCCCGCAGCCCAAGCUGAUGCUGCCUCGGCCGCCUUGCUCGAUUCGCAAGCCGGGCCGCACGCUGCACGUGUCCACGCCGCUCGCCCCACCCAGCCGGAGUUCACCCUUGCCUCCCCACAUCUCCCCACUCUUCCGAGCAAUUCUCCUGCGCAGACUCCGCUUGCCGUUGCCGCUCUGCCGGCUGGCCCAACGGUCGCCCUCAAUGUGCUAGUUCGGGACCUCAGUGUCAACCCUGUCCGCCAGCAAGCCUCCUGUCGCUCCCAUUCACCGGCUCCGCAAAUGUCGAUGGAGAGCUGCCCCGCCCCCAUUGAGCGACAGCUGCGCCCGGCAGCCUGCCUGUAG